AUGGAGAAAUCGAGGAUACCAACGCCGCUUCGGCCUCGCAAACGACCAUCGAAGCCAACUGUGAAAUCUGCCAUCUUGAUCGUUCCGCUCCUGGCAUUCCUGUCGUUAUAUAAUCUAGUUCCAUCUGCGAGACAAACUGUUCAAUCCUUCUUUUCGCUUGAAGGAUGGUCGAUCGAGACUGCUCCGAAAGCCGAGACCUCACAAGGCAUAUAUGUCGGCACACUACUCGAGAAUGAAAACCACCCUGUUCCAAUUGAGGCAUUUUUGGGAAUUCCAUACGCACAGCCACCCGUUGGAGAGCUCAGAUUCGCUCGUCCGGUACCAGUCAAGGCAAGCAAUGAGACAUACCAGGCCACCGAGUACUCUCUGAGAUGCCCUGGAAAGCAAUUGCUUCGGAUUCCUGGAACGCCGUGGCUGGAAUCGGAUGAGGAUUGCUUGACGUUGAAUAUCUUCAGAUGGCGAGGGAGCUUCUCCACAGCGAAGCUGCCAGUCUUCGUCUACAUCCACGGCGGAGCAUUCAAUCGUGGUUUCGCGGCCAUGCACGACACAGCAUCAAUGCUCGCCUGGUCGGAAGAACCCUUCUUGGCAGUUUCGUUCAAUUAUCGAAUUGGAGCUUUGGGAUUCUUGAACAGUGCGCUCACUGAAAAGGAAGGCCUUCUCAACCUUGGUCUGCAUGAUCAGGUAUUGUUGCUGGAAUGGGUCCAACAGAACAUCGAGGCUUUCGGUGGAGAUCCGAACCAUGUCACGAUUGCAGGGUUGUCGGCUGGCGCCCACUCCAUCGGUCAUCACAUCAUGAAUGUGAACGAGAAGCGGACACUGUUUCACAAGGCCAUCAUCGAGUCUGGCGGAGCCUCCGCACGUGCUGUACAYCCGGCGAACUCCAAACUGCAUGAGGCUCAGUUCCAGCAGUUCCUAUCCGAGGUCGGAUGUGAGAGCAAGCCACAGGAUGAGAUUCUACCCUGCCUGCGUCAGGCACCCUCAAGUGUCGUGACAGCCGCCCAGACAACCGUCUUCGAUGAGUACAACCCCUCCGUCCGCUGGGCUUGGCAACCUGUGCUCGACAACGACAUCAUCUCGCGCCGCCCAAUGGAAGCAUGGAAGUCUGGCGACUGGCACAAGGUGCCCAUAAUCACUGRCCACAACCAUAACGAAGGCACGUUCUACGUCCCCAAAGCGAUGAAAACGAGCGACGAAUUCAGCAAGUUCUUUGCCACGCUUCUACCCCAGCUCAGUAAGAGUGAUCUGAAGGAGCUCGAAGCGCUCUACCCAGAUCCAGCCAAGAUCGAAAGUUCGCCGUACGAGGACCACCGCAAUAUCGCAGACCUCGGUCUUGGCGCACAGUUCAAACGCGUGGAAGCUGCGUAUGGACAGUACGCCUAUGUGACUCCUGUGCGACAGACCGCCAAAUUUGUAAGCGACGAGGGUACUGCGCCAGUCUAUCAAUACCACUGGGCGGUGAACAAGACUGUUGUCGGUGGUGCCAACCAUGGAGACCAGAUCUGGUACGAAACAAUGUCCCCUCUGGUCCGCAACAUCUCUCCUACCAACGACGAGAUUGCCAGAUACUUCAACUCGUACAUCACUUCCUUCAUUGUGACCAGAGAGGGAGAUCCAAACAAGUUGAUCGGUCGUAAGGCGAUUGAGCGACCAGCCUGGAAUCAAUACCAAGACGGCGUAGGGACCAUGGUCUUCGGAGCUGGUAACGAUGAGCCCGCUGGCGGCAGCAACCCAGGAAUUGCAGCUCAAUUUGGCGAUGAUCAAUGGGCUCGGGAAGAGAGUGCGUUUUGGUGGAAGGUUUCGAUGGUGACUGAGGACUAG